GGGGUUGUAUGAUAUCAUUGUAGCAAAAGACAACCAGUCGAGCUGUGUGGGCCGCUACGAUAAUCACGGCAGUUUUGGGGAACUGGCAUUGAUGUACAACACUCCUCGAGCUGCCACCAUCAUUGCCACAACAGAAGGAGCUCUUUGGGGACUGGAUCGAGUGACGUUCAGAAGAAUUAUAUUGAAAAACAACGCAAAGAAGAGGAAGACGUAUGAAUUAUUUAUUGAGUCUGUGCCCCUUCUUAAAUCUUUGGAGGCAUCGGAGCGAAUGAAGAUAGUGGAUGUUAUUGGGGAGAAGGUGUAUCAAGAUGGGGAACGUAUCAUUUCUCAGGGUGAUAAAGCAGAUUGUUUUUACAUUGUAGAAUCUGGUGAAGUAAAAAUCUUGAUUAAAAGCAAGACUAUGACGAGUAAAGAAGCUAACCAAGAAGUGGAGAUUGCCCGGUGUCAAAAAGGGCAGUAUUUUGGAGAGCUUGCACUUGUUACCAACAAACCCAGAGCAGCCUCUGCCUAUGCUGUUGGGGAGGUCAAAUGUUUAGUCAUGGAUGUGCAAGCGUUUGAGAGGUUGCUUGGACCCUGCAUGGACAUUAUGAAGAGGAAUAUUACACAUUAUGAGGAGCAGCUGGUGGCAAUGUUUGGCUCUAGCAUGGACCUGUUGGAUCCAGGGAAUUAGGCACAGGGUACCUCAAUGCCUUCUUAGUUCAAGACACAGAAAAGCCUCCUAUCAGCAACACAACUCACAAGGAAAACGGACACUACGGAACAGUUACUGCUGCUGUCUUCUUGGGCAUUUUAGAAACCAUAAACAAGUCUCAGCACAGAUGGAUUGCUCACACCCUGCCUCCACUUUGCUGCUGAUACUUCAUUAUUAGACCUAGGUUAAAGAUGAUUCUAACCCUAUGUUCACUUACUUGGUUCAGAAUGGCAUCUGUCCAACAGUUCAAGUGCCUGAUACGAAACCCGAAGUGUGCAAGAUGCAGAAGCCUCCUUCCUUCUGGUGUUACUGUUGGGAUAAAUUUGCAGAUCAGAUUCUGUAGUGGGAGGUAGCCUGUUCUGCAGAGGCAACCUGAGGAAUUACGAGCCUUUUAGGGGCUUCUUACCUUCAUCUGAUGCUUUCCUUAGACAAUGUCAAAUUUGCUUGUACUUGUAGCAUCUGGGUUUGAA